ACUCGAAAAAGAGAAAAUAAUAAUAAUAUUAAUAAUAUUAAUAAAAAAGAAGAAGAAGAGAGAGAGAGAGAUUACAAUCUCACAAACACACUCAGUCUCAGGGAGAAGAGAGAGAGAGAGAGUUUGGAAAAGGGAAAGUUUGGCGAAAAGGGUAGCAGAGAAAGAAUGGGAAAUGUUUGAAAAUGGUUUCGUUUUCAUGGGGUUUCUUUUGGGUGGGAUGAGAUCGAACUUUUUAUUCUGAUUUAGUUGAUGUAAAUUUGUUUUUUUUUUGUUUCUUGGAAUAAUAUAAAUGGGUGUUUAAAUUGGGUUGGUUUGGUGAGAGUUGGGAUUUCUCUGGGUUGAGAUUUGGGAGGUAGGGUUUUUGGUGAUUUGGAUUGGUUAGGGGGAGUUGGUUGGGGGUGGGGGUAGGAGUUUUUUGUGAUGUUGUGUUUGGGUGUGGCAUACCAUUUGGAUCUAAGAUUUUUGGUCACUUAGACAAAAAAAGCAAGGGGGAAAUAUGGAGAGGAAGCUUUGGUCUUCAUUUUGCCUUUGGUUGAUUUUGGUGGUUCAUCCCUUAUGGGUGAUUAUGGUAUCUGCUAACAUGGAAGGUGAUGCCUUGCAUAGUCUGAGGACCAACUUACAGGAUCCCAACAACGUUCUGCAGAGUUGGGAUCCCACCCUUGUAAACCCGUGUACAUGGUUUCAUGUCACGUGCAACAAUGAUAAUAGUGUGAUAAGGGUUGAUCUUGGAAAUGCUGCUUUGUCUGGUCAACUUGUUCCACAGCUUGGCCUUCUCAAGAAUCUACAAUAUUUUUGUCAAAAUUGAGAUUUCUUCGGCUUAACAACAACAGUCUGACGGGUCCAAUUCCUAUGUCGUUGACCAACAUCACCUCACUGCAAGUGCUGGAUCUAUCAAAUAACAAAUUAACUGGAGAGGUUCCAGACAAUGGCUCAUUUUCUUUAUUCACUCCCAUCAGUUUUGCUAAUAACUUAAAUCUAUGUGGCCCGGUCACUGGGCGGCCCUGUCCUGGAUCCCCCCCAUUUUCGCCUCCUCCUCCUUUUGUACCACCACCCCCAAUUUCAACCCCAGGUCAAAAUAGUGCCACUGGGGCAAUUGCUGGUGGAGUUGCUGCUGGUGCGGCUUUAUUAUUUGCUGCUCCUGCUAUUGCAUUUGCAUGGUGGCGUCGAAGGAAGCCACAAGAAUUUUUCUUUGAUGUACCUGCUGAGGAGGAUCCUGAAGUUCAUCUUGGGCAGCUUAAAAGGUUUUCAUUGCGAGAAUUACAAGUUGCAACUGAUAGUUUUAGCAACAAAAACAUUCUGGGACGGGGUGGAUUUGGUAAGGUCUACAAAGGUCGCCUUGCAGAUGGUUCAUUGGUUGCUGUAAAAAGACUGAAAGAAGAGCGUACACCUGGUGGUGAGUUGCAGUUUCAAACAGAAGUAGAGAUGAUCAGUAUGGCUGUGCAUCGGAAUCUUCUUCGAUUACGUGGGUUCUGUAUGACACCAACGGAACGGUUACUUGUUUAUCCCUAUAUGGCUAAUGGGAGUGUUGCCUCAUGCUUAAGAGAACGGCCAGCACACCAACUACCUCUAGAUUGGCCUACUAGGAAGAGAAUAGCUUUGGGUUCUGCAAGGGGUCUUUCGUAUUUGCAUGAUCACUGCGAUCCAAAAAUUAUUCAUCGUGAUGUGAAAGCUGCAAAUAUUUUGUUGGAUGAGGAGUUUGAAGCAGUUGUUGGAGAUUUCGGUUUGGCUAAACUUAUGGACUACAAGGACACUCAUGUUACUACUGCUGUACGAGGCACAAUCGGGCAUAUUGCUCCAGAGUACCUCUCUACUGGAAAGUCCUCUGAGAAAACUGAUGUAUUUGGCUAUGGAAUCAUGCUUUUGGAAUUAAUCACUGGACAGAGAGCUUUCGAUCUUGCUCGGCUUGCAAAUGAUGAUGAUGUCAUGUUGCUCGACUGGGUGAAAGGACUAUUGAAAGAGAAGAAGUUGGAAAUGCUGGUCGAUCCUGAUCUUCAGAAGAACUACAUAGAAUCUGAGGUAGAGCAGCUUAUUCAGGUUGCACUGCUCUGCACACAAGGUUCUCCCAUGGACCGACCGAAGAUGUCGGAGGUGGUGAGAAUGCUUGAAGGUGAUGGCUUGGCUGAGAGAUGGGAUGAAUGGCAAAAGGUGGAAGUACUCCGGCAAGAAGUUGAACUAGCGCCUCAUCCGAACUCCGAUUGGAUUGUCGACUCAACCGAGAACUUGCAUGCAGUUGAGUUAUCUGGUCCAAGGUGACCCGGGCACAGUAGAAAGUGGAAGAAAAGGGAAUUUACUUACAACUUAAUUUUUUUUUUAAUUAUUAUAAUAGCUUUUUUUUUUCUUUUUCUUAAUGACCAUAAUCUGAUUAAUGUCUCCUGUAAGUCCAUUCUGCAUUGUAUUCGUUACAUUUGUGCAUAUGAGAGUCGCAUUGGUAAGGUGCAAAUUUGUAUUGUCUGCUGCAGUGUGACAAAAGCCAUGAUGUUUUUAUAAUAUAUGAAGCUGUGGCAGUUUUUA